AUGGGCGUAAAGAUUCACGCUUCCGUGCUGUCAGCCAGCAGAACAAAGAAAGACAGAUACUGGAAGGCAGAAAAGAAAGUAAUCCAGCCUGCACUCCGGCGUUGUGUUCCAGGCCAGCGAGAUGAGCAACACCACGUACCAGUUCGACCACGACUCCCCGAAAUCUCAGAACGCCAAAACCCAAACCCGAAGCAAGGAAAACCAAAAACACACAGAAUUCAAGAAUUGUUGAUGACAACUACAAACAGCUGGUGUAACACUACAAGAGAAACCGGGGCGGGAGAAGAUGGGUAUGUGGGAGUUUGAAGAGGGGUUUGUUUGGAGAGAAAGACUCUAUCUAGAUAGAGCUUUAGGGCCGAGGUUUCUCGAGAAUAAAGGGUUAUAGAAACUGUGUACGUA